GGCGCCAUGACGCUCGGAACGGCAGCGUCCCCCAUGGCGUCCAAGCUGCAGCCCACCGCCCGCGCGCACCCCCGGCAGGGGCAGGAGGUCGCCGAGGACGGGGCGGACACGCUGUACCACGAGGUGGCCUCCCUCCGCGGCGCCAUGUUCCUGUUCGCGCUCUGGCCGAUACACAGCGGAGAGCGCGGGAUGGCGAGGGCGUCCGUGCUGUCGCACUCGACGUGCUACACCGUGCUGGUCUACGCAGUCUGGUCCGUGUUCAACGUGCGCACCCUGGCGGCGCGCUGGACGGCGCUCGGCAGCGCGGCCGCCGCCGACGGGGGCGGCGGUGACGGGUCGGGCGCCAGCGACCUCAACACCCGCCUCGUCAACCUCAUCGUGCUGGCGCUCCUGGCGCACCACUGGCUGCUGCCUGUCGCCAUCUGGCCCGAGGCCGCCACCCUCGCCAAGUACUUCAACGACUGGACCGCCUUCCAGGUGGAGUGGUUCGAGGUGACGGGCCAGCCGCUGGAGCUCCGAGUGCACGCGCGCGCCCUGGCCUCCGCGGCGGUGGGCGUUGCCUUCCCCGCCCUGCUCAUCCUGCUCAUGGUGCAGGCCGGCGAGUCCCCCGCGCAGGCCGCCGCCCUGUUCCCGCCCCUGUGCUUCUUCUUCCUGGUGGGCGGCGUGUGGUCGACGCUGUGCAGGGCCGUCGAGACCUCGGCGCGCCGCCUGCGGGAAGCCUUCCACGCGGAGCGGGAGCUGGGCGUCGUCGGGAACCUGGGCGUGCGCCGGCUGCGCGCCUACGGCCUGCUGUGGCUGCGGCUGCGCGCCCUGGCCGCGCGGGCCGGCGCCGCCCAGUCCGGCACGCUGCUCGUCUACACGGUGUACUCCAUGGCGCUGGGCCUGGUGGCGUCCAUCGGCGUGCUCGUCGCGCUGCUGCACGCCGACCUGGGCCGCGCCAACUCCGUGCAGGCCCUGUUCCUCGUCGAGAGCCUGCAUCACAUUUACACGGUGCACGACGCGGGCCACAAGGCGGCGCAGGCGGCCGCCAAUGCCUUGCGCUACGAGAUGCUGUGCGUCAAGUCCCCGGCGAAAGACGGAGGAGAGAUGGACACCGAGGUACGCACGCUGAUCAUGGCCACCGAGAUGCACCAGGGGGGACCCCAGCCCCAGCAUGCGUCUGUCAUCAGUCUCGGGGGCUUCGCGGCCGUCUCGAGGUCCAGCAUGAUUGAGCUAGUCCAGGAUCCCCAGUGGAGCUCAUCGGGAUCCCAUGAUAUUUUUUACCCCAGGGUGUAAACUUUUCUUACCGGCACGCUCUCGCGCCUGGGAGGUAGGCAGCCCAACGUCCUCUGCAACCCCCGUUGCACAGCCCAGUGGUGGUUGCUUUACCGUAUCUUGGCUGGUCUGAAUCCGUACUCGCCCACUCA